AUGUCUCUGAGUGAGAACACAGUUUUUGCCUAUGAAUCUUCGGUGCACAGCACCAAUGUCUUGCUCAGCCUCAACGACCAGCGGAAGAAGGACGUGCUGUGUGACGUCACAGUCCUCGUGGAGGGCCAGCGCUUCCGCGCCCACCGGUCUGUGUUGGCGGCAUGCAGCAGUUACCUCCACUCGAGAAUCGUAGGCCAGGCCGAUGCAGAGCUUAACAUUACUCUACCAGAAGAGGUGACAGUUAAAGGAUUUGAACCUUUAAUUCAGUUUGUCUACACUGCCAAACUGAUUUUAAAUAAGGACAAUGUGGAUGAAGUGUGCAAGUGUGUGGAAUUUUUAGGUGUACGUGACAUUGAGGAAUCCUGCUUUCAGUUUCUCAAAUUUAAGUUUUUGGACUCCACUGCUGACCAGCAAGAAUGCUUAAGAAAAAAAUGCAUCCCAUCACACUGUCAAAAAGCAGACCUUAAAUUUUCACUUUUGGACCAGAGGGAUUUAGAAAUUGACGAAGUGGAGGAAUUUUUGGAAAAUAAAAAUGUCCAGACUCCUCAGUGGAAACUGCAUAGGUAUCAAGCAAAUGCAAAAGUAUCAUCUCCUCUGCAAGACAGUGCCAGUCAAACCUGUGAAUCCAUGUGCUUAGAAAAGGAUGCUGCUCUGGCUUUGCCAUCUUUAUGCCCCAAAUACAGAAAAUUCCAAAAAGCUUUUGGAACUGACAGAGUCCGUACUGUGGAAUCCAGUGUCAAAGACGUUCAUGCUGCUUCUGUUCAGCCAAAUGAGACAUCUGAAAAUGAGUGUCUGGGAAGAAUCCAGGACUGUGCAGAUCUGCAGGUGAUUUUAAAAUGUGAAGAAAGUAAAUUAACAACAGAACAUGAAGAAAGCAGGAAGAAAGAUCCUGCUUCUCAUUGCCCAUCAGAAAAAUCAGAAGUGACUCCUUUCCCCCACAAUUCUUCUGCAGACCCUCACGGGCUCUAUUCUCUGUCUCUUUUACACACAUAUGACCAAUAUGGUGACUUGAAUUUUGCUGGAAUGCAAAACACGGCAGUGUUAACAGAAAAGCCUUUGUCAGGUACAGAGGUUCCAGAGGAGAAAACAUUUGGUGAAAGUCAGGAUUUACAUUUGAAAUCUGACUCUGGCCCCAGGGAAGACAGUAGCCUUGCCUCCAGCGAUCGGAGUAGUGUGGAACGAGAAGUGGCAGAACACCUGGCCAAAGGCUUCUGGAGUGACAUUUGCAGCACAGACUCUUCUUGCCAAAUGCAGUUAUCACCUGCUGUGGCCAAAGAUGGUUCAGAACAGAUCUACUCACAGAAGCGGUCUGAGUGUCCCUGGUUAGGUAUCAGGAUUAGCGAGAGCCCAGAGCCAGGUCAGAGGACUUUUACAACGUUGAGUUCUGUCAACUGCCCUUUUAUAAGUACUCUGAGUACCGAAGGCUGUUCAAGCAAUUUGGAAAUUGGAAACGAUGAGUAUGUUUCAGAGCCCCAGCAGGAACCUUGCCCAUACGCUUGUGUGAUUAGCUUGGGAGAUGACUCUGAGACUGAUACGGAAGGUGACAGUGAACCCUGUUCAGCCAGAGAACAGGAAUGUGAGGUAAAACUGCCAUUUAAUGCCCAACGAAUAAUUUCACUCUCUCGAAAUGAUUUUCAAUCCUUGUUGAAAAUGCAUAAGCUGACUCCAGAACAACUGGAUUGUAUCCACGAUAUUCGAAGAAGAAGUAAAAACAGAAUUGCUGCACAGCGCUGUCGCAAGAGAAAACUUGACUGCAUACAGAAUCUUGAAUCAGAAAUUGAGAAGCUUCAAAAUGAAAAGGAGAGCUUGUUGAAGGAGAGAGAUCACAUUUUGUCAACUCUGGGUGAGACGAAGCAGAACCUCACCGGGCUGUGCCAGCAAGUCUGUAAAGAGGCAGCUCUGAGUCAAGAACAGAUCCAGAUACUCGCCAAGUACUCAGCUUCAGAUUGCCCGCUCUCAUUCUUAAUUUCUGAAAAAGAAAAAAGUACUCCUGAUGGUGAACAUGCGUUACCAUCCCUUUUGAGUUCGCCUGAGGGGCCCCCAGCAGGGCCGCCCGCCUGCGAGCCAAGCCCUCACCAUCCCGGUGCGCAGGGCGGCGGGGCGGUGGGCUGUGCGCCCAGCCCGGAGGCCCGGCCGGCUGUCCGUGCCGCACCUGAGCAAGCGGGGCCCGGGGAACCCGGCCGGCAGGGGGGAGGCAUCUCUGAUUUCUGCCAGCAGAUGACCGAUAAAUGUACUACUGACGAGUAA